CGCCUGAUGGUGCAGGCAUCAGGCGUGAGCUUGGUCCGCAGCCUCUGUAGUGGUGUGCUCUCGCUUACCAUUGCGCUGGCUUUGCAAGGCUGCGUGCCUGAACCACAGGAAGAUAGUGCGUUCCUGUCAAGUACUUCAACUGCCGAGCCGAAUGAGUUCAGCAGGUGGACGGUCACCACGACCACAGUGAGCACGACCAGCUCGACGGCCACAACGACAGAGCACACCGAGACAUCAGAGACCAUGACAUCGACGCUGGUGUGCACAGAGUUUGGUGAUAACUGCUGGCAGUCGCGAUGCUGCCAAAAUGAGACGAUGCAGUGUUACUCGAAGGACGACUCGUGGGCCAGCUGCAAACCCGCAUGCGAGGCCGGCGCCGUCGACCCCAAUGACGCCCCGGAGUUCCAGACUCCCUGGCAGUGCCUCGCCCUUGCCAGGAUGCCUGUUGGAUGGGUGAACGGCACCUUCACCACCGGUUACUGGAACUGCUGCAAGCCCAGUUGUGGGUGGGCUGGCAAGGGCAACGUCAACCAGCCGCCCCGAUCCUGCUGGGCGCAGACUCAUGAGUACGUGGCCGACACGGAGGCUCAGAGCGUCUGCAGCUUCGGAGGAGCAGCCGCGGCCUGCCCCGACAAUCAGCCGUUCGCCGUGAACGAUAACCUGAGUGUGGGCUUCGCCGCCGCAGCCGUGGGUGGUGGGCAUGGCCUGGCCGGGGACGAGAACUGCGGCCAGUGCUUCGAGCUGCGCUUCACGGAUGAGGGGCACCCGGACGAGCGCGCUGGGUGGGGCGGCUCGCACUUUUCGCUGGUGGGGAAGACGAUGAUCGUGCAGGUCAACAACAUCGGUUACGACUUGUCAGGCGAGCACGCGUUCGACAUCCAGAUCCCUGGAUCUGGCCAGGGCCUGUUGUACAACGGCUGCGAGAGCCAGUUUCCAGGCGUUCUAGUCGAGGACUUCGACUGCGGCACGCGCUACGGUGGGUGUCGCAACAUCUCUGACUGUGAUCUCCAGCCUGCCGAACUACAGGCAGGGUGCAGGUGGCGAUUCACAUGGUAUAAAUACAUGGUGGACGGCACCAAUACCACCAGCAACCCGUACAUUCAGUUCCGUCGUGUGAGGUGUCCGGCGCUGUUAACUGACAUCAGUGGUUCUAUCCCCAACGACGACGCCAGCUUUCCUGUCAUUGAUAUGGACUCGUACCGCUAG